UGGCAGACUAUGGUAAGGUGUGUCUUUGUAACAUGGAGGGUGAAGCUGGAGCUUGCAGCACAGCAGCCACAGCUAGUUGUCCUCUUAAGAAUCAAGAUAACACUUUUAGCUCCAGUUUGUCCCUCGAGCAAAUCAGAAAGAGGCAGAAUCAGUUUUCUAUGGAAAGAGAUUGGGAACAGUAUCAUACCCCUAGGAACUUGCUCUUAGCUCUAGUGGGAGAAGUAGGAGAACUUUCGGAAAUUUUUCAAUGGAAAGGAGAAGUUGAUGUGGGUCUACCAGGAUGGUCUGAUAAAGAUCGAGCCCAUGUUGGUGAAGAACUAAGUGAUGUCCUCAUAUAUUUAAUUGAACUGGCUGAGAAGUGUCAUAUUGACUUACCAUCAGCAGUUUUACGAAAAUUUGAACUGAAUUGUAAAAAGUACCCUCCUGAAAAGGUGUAUGGCUCAAGCAAAAAGUAUACUGAUUACAUAUCUGAUGACAACUGAUAUUAUUCUGCAGUCAAUGUAAUCACCAUUUAUUGUGAAAGACCACUUACAUAAUAACAAAAAA